AGCCGUUGCGCAGACGCACCACAAUUGAUCAGCUGACUGUGAGUGAGACGAUAUGUUGAUGCACCUUUGAGUCGAAAAGCUGUUUUUAUCUGCGCUAUGUAUGAGAAGCUGUGUCUGUUCAACUGAAUUACACCGCGUGGACAUAAUUCUAAAGCCAUACGCAUACCGUGACUUCCUCACAUCACACAUCACAAACCUUUCACCAACAGCCAUGACAGAAUUCUGGUUGAUCUCUGCACCGGGGGAGAAGACGUGCCAGCAGACCUGGGACAAGCUGAUGGUGGCCACCACACGCACCAACAACCUCUCCACUAACAACAAGUUCAACAUCCCUGAUCUCAAGGUCGGAACACUAGAUGUGUUGGUGGGUCUGUCGGAUGAACUGGCCAAACUAGACACCUUUGUGGAAAGUGUGGUGAGGAAGGUCGCGCAGUACAUGGCAGAUGUCCUGGAGGACAGCCGAGACAAAGUCCAGGAGAACCUACUCGCUAAUGGAGUUGAUCUGGUCACCUAUAUCACCAGGUUUCAGUGGGACAUGGCUAAGUAUCCAAUCAAACAGUCGCUGAAAAACAUCUCUGAGAUCAUCGCCAAGCAAGCGACUCAGAUAGACAAUGACCUAAAGGCCAGAGCUUCAGCCUACAACAACCUGAAGGGAAACCUGCAAAACUUGGAGAGGAAGAAUGCGGGGAGUUUGUUGACCAGGAGUUUGGCUGACAUAGUGAAGAAAGAAGAUUUUGUACUGGACUCGGAGUACCUUAUUACCAUGCUGGUGGUUGUCCCAAAGAUAAGUUAUGCUGACUGGCAGAAGACGUAUGAGACCCUGACAGAUAUGGUCGUGCCACGCUCCACAAAGCUGCUGUAUGAGGACAACGACAGCGGUCUGUUCAGUGUCACUCUCUUUACGAAGGCUAUCGAUGACUUCAAGCACAAGGCCAGAGAAAACAAAUAUACAGUGCGGGAUUUCCAGUAUAAUGAGGAGGAGUUGAAGGCAGACAAAGAAGAGAUGACACGUUUGUCCACUGACAAGAAGAAACAGUUUGGGCCUUUGGUACGGUGGCUGAAAGUGAAUUUCAGCGAAGCCUUCAUCGCGUGGAUUCACAUAAAAGCCCUUCGUGUGUUUGUGGAAUCAGUUUUGAGAUAUGGACUGCCAGUGAACUUCCAGGCCAUGCUGCUGCAGCCCACCAAGAAGAACAUGAAGAAGCUGAGAGAGGUGGUCUACGACCUGUACAAACACCUGGACAGCAGCGCUGCAAUCAUUGAUGCUGCUAUGGACAUCCCAGGGCUGAACUUGAGCCAGCAGGAGUACUACCCCUAUGUUUACUACAAGAUCGACUGCAACCUGCUGGACUUCAAAGUCUAGAUGAAUUUCCAUCAUCGUCUGACUCUCUGUGCGGUACUACUCCGAUGUGACAUGCUCACAUCCCCAAGAUUUAAAUUUAUUUCCACCCUGUUUUUCCAGUUUUCAUUCCAAUCCUCUUUUCCUCUCUGAUGCUCCUGGUACAUCCCCAGGUCCAUAGGACCUUGAACUUAUGUUAUAAUAUACUUAACACAUAUGUGCCAUCUUCUUUGUUCUUUUUUACAUUCCCCAUCAAAGGACAUAACAUUGCUCCAUUGUAUUGUUGUGUUUUUCUCUCCUGUCAGUCUACUUUAUUAAAAGCAACAAAAACGGUACAUAUGUGGGGAAAAUGGGGAGAAAAAUAAUUGUAUGUUAAAUAUAGUAUUUAUUUAAAGCCUCUAAAUCAGUGAAUGUGUUUUUGUUUUGUUCAGUUUUUGAAAGUGAUGUGUUUCAGCUCCAUGUAAGGAAUAUCUGUUUACAAGUAGUACUACUAAAACUGUAAUCCUGUGAAACUCUGAGACAGAUUAUUUUACAAGAAGCGAUAUGCUGAUUAUGCUCCUAUACUUUCUGUAUAUUAAGCAGUUUGAGAAAAACUAUGGGUCUAUGUGCAAAUACUGUAAUGUCAUUAUAACUGUGAAUGACACAACAUAUUUAAAAUUAAUGUGAAAAAUAAAUACUCUGUGAAAUAUAA